GGAAAGCCGGCAGGACUCUUUUUCACUCCAAUCUCUGAGUGUGCUUCGCUCUCCACGCCUUCUCUCUUUCUCUCUCCGUGGAGUGCGUUGUUUCGGACCGAAAUACCCUUGUGGAGAAAACGAUUCUCGAGUUGUUUUUGUGCUUAUUUGUGUUUCUAGGGUUUUUGAGGCUAUGAGAAGAGGAUACUUCUUUUUCUGAGGUGGAGACAAUGAUUUUAACAAAGCAAUAUCGUUGUAUACACUCCUUGAGUUGUCAAUGCACAAAAGGGCAUCUAAGUGAAGACGUGAUUUUUUUAGUAUUUCAACAGCUGAACUGGAACCCUAAGUUCAUUGCUACUUUGUCCUGUGUAUGCAAAUGGUUUGAUGAUCUUGCCAAGCGAGUGUUAUGGAAGGAGUUUUGCCGAACAAGGGCUCCAAAGAUGAUGCGUGAUCUGCAAUCUAAUGGAAGUCACAGUGUUGAUGGGAAUUGGAGGGCACUUGGGAAACUGCUUAUUUACUGUUCAGGAUGUACAAAGGGUGGCCUUUUCAAUAACAUUAACAUUCCUGAUCAUUUUGUUUAUAGGACUCGGUUUUCUAGGACUUCAGGGAAGAGCUUUCUUUUGCCACAAUGCAGGACAGAUGUAUUAUACGUGUCUGAUCCCUGUGAACAUCUUGACCAAGGGGAUGAAGGGGAUGUGGGGUUUUUUCGAGGAAUUUUCAAGUCAUUUUCACUGUCAAAGGUUCGGAAAAUGCUAAUUAAAAGGAAGGUCCAGCUUCACCCAACAGAGGUGUGUCCUUACUGUAAGGCAAAGUUGUGGAGUAUGCAGCAAGCUGAAAUGAUACCACAGAGUGCCAGCUGCAGGCUAGGUGCCUAUGAUGACUGCAUUGAGUAUUAUGUGUGCCUCAAUGGACACAUGCUUGGAAUAUGCACUCUCCUACCUUUGUCUGAUUCAGAAGAGGCCUCCGAGUUGGAAUAAAUGCAGAGCUACAUGCUCAUUCUACACUCUGCCUGUUACUGACAUUUGUCUAGGCCUGGGUCUGUUUCAUGUUGUCGACAGAGCAAAUUUGGAUGGAAAGUGAUAGGCUUCCUGAUAGCUUUAUUAUCCUGGGGCCGAAACCAAUCAUCACAAUCUAAACUUUGAUUCUGCUUCCUGGCCCUGCUUAGGCCAAUUGUUUCAUAGAGAAGGGUUGGAGUCUAUUGCUGACCGUGGUUUAAUCAUCUGUUACUUAUUGUGAGCGUGUAAUACUGUAGUGUACAUUUGUGUAUUGCCCAUAUUUGUAUUUGGAUGGCAGAUUGGUAAACUGCAAUAAUUCACAGCCCCAUGUUGUCAAUGAUCAGUUGUUUUGCCUGUUAGAUCUUCUACGAAAAUCUUAAUAUGAUUUAGAAGGUGAAUCACCUGUA